CUGUCUUGACCACUGACUCCAGCGCAGAUCUGAGCCGCUGCACGCUGCUGUCUCUGACUCUCUCCAGAUCGAAGAUGGCGGUGUCCGUGUUCUCAGGCGUGCGCCUCCUCUCCAUCGGAGACGCCAAUGGAGACAUCCAGCGGCAUUCAGAGCAGCAGCCUCUGCGACUGGAGAUCAAGAUGAACCAGGACGCGGCUCAAAUCAUCCUCUCGAACAAUGAGGAGACGUGUGUCUUUAAGUGUACAGUAUUGCGGGAGACAGAGUGCAGUCGUGUCGGGAAGCAGUCCUUCAUCAUAACUCUAGGCUGUAACAGUGUCCUCUUGCAGUUUGCAUCUCCAGCAGAUUUCUCGUCGUUCUAUAACCUCUUGAAAAUUUGUCGUGGACAAAAAGGCGACCGUUCAGUCUUUAGUGACAGGACAGAGGAGUCUUCAGCUGUACAGUAUUUUCAGUUUUAUGGGUAUCUCUCUCAGCAACAAAACAUGAUGCAGGAUUAUGUACGAACUGGAACAUAUCAACGAGCCAUCCUCCAGAAUCAUACUGACUUCAAGGAUAAAGUGGUGCUGGAUGUAGGUUGUGGCUCUGGCAUUCUCUCAUUUUUUGCAGCUCAAGCUGGUGCCCGUAAAGUUUAUGCUGUGGAGGCCAGCACCAUGGCUCAACAUGCAGAGGUUCUUGUAAACAGUAACAGGCUGUCAGAGCGUGUUGUGGUGAUUCCUGGGAAAGUGGAGGAAGUGUCUUUACCUGAGCAGGUGGACAUUAUCAUAUCCGAACCCAUGGGCUACAUGCUGUUCAAUGAAAGGAUGCUGGAGAGUUACCUACACGCCAAGAAAUUCCUCAAGCCCAGUGGCAAAAUGUUUCCCACCAUUGGAGACGUUCACCUCGCUCCGUUCACAGAUGAGCAGCUUUACAUGGAGCAGUUUACAAAGGCCAAUUUUUGGUACCAGCCGUCUUUUCACGGAGUGGAUUUGUCUGCGCUGAGAGGAGCUGCAGUAGAUGAAUACUUCAGACAGCCUAUUGUGGACACUUUUGAUAUCAGGAUCCUGAUGGCUAAAUCUGUCAAAUACACAGUCAACUUUUUAGAAGCUAAAGAAGAGGAUCUUUACAAGAUAGAAAUCCCCUUCAAAUUCCACAUGAUGCAUUCAGGGCUUGUACAUGGGCUGGCAUUCUGGUUUGAUGUUGCAUUCAUAGGAUCAGUGAUGACGGUGUGGCUCUCGACGGCCCCCACAGAGCCCCUCACUCACUGGUACCAAGUGCGCUGUCUGCUGCAGUCACCUCUCUUUGCCAAGGCAGGGGACACAAUGUCAGGCACUGCACUUUUAAUCGCCAACAAGAGACAAAGCUACGAUAUUAGUAUUGUUGCUCAAGUGGAUCAGACAGGCUCCAAAUCCAGUAAUCUACUUGAUCUCAAGAACCCUUUCUUCCGGUACACGGGCACAACACCUGCCCCUCCUCCAGGUUCACAUUAUAGCUCUCCCUCAGAGAACAUGUGGAACACUGGGGGAACAUACAGCAUGAGCCAAGGCAUGGCUGUGUCAGGGAUGCCUACAGCCUAUGACCUCAGUACUGUCAUUGGUGGCAGUGGGACAACCGUGUCCCACAACAAUCUCAUCCCCCUUGUGAACACGGGGAUCGUGAACCACACUCACUCCAGAAUGGGCUCUAUAAUGAGCACAGGAAUCGUCCAGGGGGCAACAACUGCGCAGCAGGGUCCAAGCAGCGCCAGUCUUCAUUACCCCGUCACCAACCAGUUCACCAUGGGCGGCCCGGCGAUCUCCAUGGCAUCUCCAAUGGCCAUCCCCAGCAACACCAUGCACUACGGGAGCUAAGGCUGAGGGGACGGCCUCUGCAUGUCCGAUUCUCCAAACGUCCCCUUUACCCCCCCUGCAAACCAACAGCCAAAUUCAGAAAACCAAAACCAGUGCACCAGUCUCUGACCAUCACUUUAUACUCUCUCUCUGUCUCUACAUAUAUAUAUAUAUAGAUAUACAUGUAUACUUAUAUGUAUAUAUUCUAAAAUUUCUUUCACUGGCGUUUUAUUCUUACAUAUCCGUCCCGCGGCCCUAUAAUGUUAGCGUGCGCAGGCAUUUGGCCAGUUCAACGUGCCUGAGUUGUCACUGUUACUCACAAAUCCCCCUCCUCCAAAGCCACAUGCAGCGCCUGCUCCACAACCAGCCACUAGGAGGCAGCACUUGUCUGUAAGCAUGCUGAAAAAGCACAAACCAGAGACUCAAGACUCAACUCAAAGGACUCGGUCAGAACGCUAACGAUGGGACACUUUUGUUUUUUCUUUUCUUUUUAAAUAAAUGCUUUACAAAUGUGCACGCCCCCUCCCACCCUUCAUGAACUCCCACUUUUUUAGCUUCACAAACUCCAUCAUUGACUCUUAAUAUGAAUUUGAGUUUCGAGGAUCUUCAUCGUACCUUCACUUCACCGUUGGCUUUUUAACGUUUCCAGCAACAUGGACAGGCCGUCGCAUAUCAACUUCUCUCAGCAUGGGCUUUCGGCGGCCAUCUUGAGUUGACCUAAAUGUUCGUCCAGGCCUCUCGAGAAAGAGACGGACACGUGCUGUAGAUGCUCGCAGACUUCAUUACGACUACUAGCGCAGUACCGCUGGAUCCUGCCUGUAGACAACCAUAGCGUAGAUAGAGAUCGUCUUUCUUUCCAUUCCAUUUCUGACUGUGUGUUUUAAUGUAGUGCAGUUGACGUGUGUCGCUUGGUGUUCCCCGAGGUGAAUUCUGAGCAUGGUUUAAUCGAGACUCCAACACCACGCAAAUCUGACUUCAUCAUUUGGCAGAUUCGCUGACAAUUAUAUGGACACAAAUGGUUUAGGAAUACAAAGACCAGCACCAAACCCUUCACUACCAGCCAGGGAAGGAGGGUAGAUGCUGGGAUGGACAGUCAGCACUGGGGGGGGAGGAAGAUUGAUGCAUGAAUGAUAAAAUAAAAAUAAAAAAACAGUUAGGUCUGUGGACACACGCACACACUGACCACAGCAGCAGGACAACUGUUUGGGAAUUGCAGUAUCCUAGUUUACGCCCCCGCCCCCCCCAGUAAACCCUUAUCUGAACUUCUGUGUGUUGUGAGACUCGUUGAGGAAAGGAGGAGAUGAAGUGACGCCUGAGCAGCUCCAGCUUUCCUCCUUUCACUCCUUCACUGGGGAUUUGACCAUUACCCCAUCCAAGACUCUGAAGUCGUAUGCACCGCUUCCACUCAAUUUUUUUGGUUUUGUUUUGGGGUUCAUUUGGUUUGAUUUAGCAAGGAUCAUGAGAUGGAAAAACAACCUUGUCUGGUAGUUUGUAGAGUUAACUUUUUGUUUCGUUUUUUUGUUUUCUUUCACAAAAAAAGCAACAGACAAAAAAAGGAGCAUAUUAAAUGUUGAUGGAGAAGUC